CUCGCGGCACUCGCUCGGUGCUAACUGGCAUUCAUCCCACGUCUGCCCCCUCGUCUCCACAGCGCCAUUAACACCUCGACGGUCAGCCAACCCGGUCGUGUCUUUUGUCAUUCUCACAAGUCGUGCUCGAACACUCAAACCACACACGUAGCUAGCUAGCUCGCGCAGCCCCAGCCCCAACACCCCCUUAUACACCCCCCAACCCCCCCACCACGCCCACAAUGAUGCUCACUCGCUUCUCUGCCGUCGCUCGCACGUCCGCCAUGGCCGCCUCGACUCGCGCCUUUGCUGCCUCCGCCGCUCGCGGCAAGCACACCCUCCCCCCUCUUCCUUACGCGUACGAUGCCCUCGAGCCCUCCAUCUCCAAGGAGAUCAUGACCCUCCACCACGACAAGCACCACCAGGCCUAUGUUACCGGCCUCAACGCUGCCGAGGAGAAGCUCGCUGGUCUCCAGUCGAGCGAGGACGUCAAGGGCCAGAUCUCGCUCCAGGCUGCCCUCAAGUUCAACGGCGGUGGUCACCUCAACCACUCGCUCUUCUGGGUCAACCUCGCCCCCACCGGCUCAGCCCAGACCAAGCCCCCCACCUCUGGCGCGCUCGCCCAGCAGAUCCAGAAGGACUUUGGCUCUGUUGACAACCUCAUUGCCGAGGUCAACGCCGCCACCCUCGGCAUCCAGGGCUCGGGCUGGGGCUGGCUCGGCUACAACAAGAAGAGCAAGGUGCUCGAGGUUGUCACGACCGCCAACCAGGACCCCCUGCUGACCCACGCCCCCAUCAUUGGCAUUGACAUCUGGGAGCACGCCUUCUACAUUGACUACAAGAACGUCAAGGCUGACUACCUCAAGAACAUCUGGGCCGUCAUCAACUGGGAGGAGGCCGCCAAGCGCUUCGACGCUGCCGUCUAAGCGCGCCGGCGUAAAGCCGUCUCCGCUGCUCUGGGUUGAAGAGUAGACAAAAGUCGUAGCAGAAAGAUGUUGAUGAAUGAAGUGUGAACGGAAGCAAA